AUGACACAAACUUUGAGAGAAAGACUAUUUGUAAGUGUUUUUUCGUUUUUUUCUGUCUCAUUUUCUGUUUUCAGCAAAUCGCAGUUGAUUCAGUGAUUUCAAACGCAAUUAAUAUUGGAAAUCGUCUAAAUCUCUUCAAAACCUUGGCCACUUUCAAAACCCCAAUUCUCCCUGAAGUUCUUGCCGAAGUUUCAGAAUGUAAAGAGAGGUAUAUUCGAGAGUGGUUGAAUUGUCUAGCAUGUGCGAGGAUAAUUGAGGUCACUGAAGAUGAGAAGUUCUAUAUUGCUCCCGAAAAUAUGGAAGUUUUGACAUCUGAUGAGCAUUGUAUGUUUGCACAUGGUAGAAUGAUAACACUUUUAGAACCAUUUGAAGAAUUGCUGACGUGUUUUAAGAAGAAUGGACCAAAUGGAUUGGAUUAUUCGAAAUUUUGCAAGUUUCAAGAUUAUAUGGGGAAUUUGAGCAGAUCUCUUCAUGAGAAACAUUUAUUUACUGAUUUUAUUGAUUCUCUCGGGAUUCGUGAGAAAUUAGAAUCUGGGAUCAAAGUUUUGGAUGUGGGAUGUGGAAAUGGUUUUCAUUCUUCUCUUCUAGCUGAAAGAUAUCCAAAUUCUCAAUUUACUGGAUUAGAUAUUGGGGAAGAUGCGAUAACUUCAGCAAAAUCUCGAAAAAAAAGUGAUGCGCGAGAGUUUGAAAAUCUGCAUUUUGUGCAAUGCGAUGCUGCAAAAAUGCCUGAAGAUUGGAAAGAGACGUUCGAUUUGGUAAUGAUUUUUGACGCGUGUCACGAUCAAAUGAGACCGGAUUUGUGCAUUCAAGAGAUCAGUAGAUGUUUGAGGAAUGACGGAUUAUUUGCGAUGAUUGAGAUUGAUGGCACCAGCAAUGUUCAUACGGUGGGUUCAAGAUUUUUUAUUGAAUUUUUAUCAAAUCCACGAUUUUUUGCAGGAUCGCGAAAACCUUGGUCUAAACGCUGCUUUACUUUACGGCGCCUCAAUGUUCCAUUGUCUUCCAGUCGGCUCAAAUUCUCCAGAUGCUCUUUGUUAUGGCUCAAUGUGGGGACAACGUCGAGCUGUCGAACUCAUCAAAUCUUGCGGAUUCAGUCAAGUCGAACCUGUCGCCACACCAUAUUUUCCAUUAAACAUUUUGUAUCUGUCUAGGAAAUGAAAUUUUGAUUUUUUUUAAAUCUUCACUGGCAAAAUACGACCGAGAUGCACUAAUUAUCUACAGUAAUCCUCAAAAAUCGCAUUGUUCUUCAUGCAUGGCCGAACAAGCGUGGCCUAGUUCUUUCCUAUUUUCUCGUCCGCGUCUCUUUGUUUAUUUUUUCUUUUUUUUUCACACUGCCGUUGUGUGAGUAAUAAGUGUUUAUUCACAUCGAUCUCUAUGCAGAAAAACGCGAAAAAGAUGACACUAUGAAUCGAACCUUCUCGCUACGUCGUAAAGUGAAAAAAUCGGAAAUUUCCGAACCGCGAAAUUUUGAGCAUCGAAUACACGCCGGAUAUGAUGCGAGAACGGGAAUGUAUACGGGUUUACCCAAGGUUAGUUUUAAGUUUUUCAGUUGAAAAAUGUUGUUUAUCUGACAAUUAUUCUGUUUAGCAAUGGCAAGCACUUCUCGGACCACCAAGAUCGAUUUCAAGACCACGACCAAUUGUUGAUCCAUCUUGUAUAACACCAGUUGAUGUUGCAGAACUCAAAACUGUUAUUAGAGGGCCAAAUUCAAGGUUAGUUUUUUUUAAAAAAAUAUCCUUUGUAUAUUUAAACAUAAUUUUUUAUAGAUUUAAUACUCCGAUUCCUCAACAUCUUGAUUCUCCUCGACCACCUUUGCCAAGUGUUGCUAGAAGUAAUAGUUUGAGAAUGACAGUGGUAAAUGUGUCUUCACCGAUUCGACCAUCACCCUUACCAGUCAAUCAAAGAGGAUAUCCUUUCAAUGAGCCAACUUAUGCACCUUUGCCUGUUCGAACACCACAAAAGACUACAACUUUUGGUGUGGAAACUUCGCCAACUAGACCACCAUCAACACCAAUCACAACAAUUGUUGCUCGCCCGAAAUUAUCACCUCCAAAGGAAGGUGUGAGUUAUGAUGAGUUUCGAAAUGCUCUUCAAUGCGUUGUUGAUAAAAAUGAUCCACGAAACGAUUUGCAAGAUUUUAAAAUGAUUGGCGAAGGUUCGACAGCAAUUGUUGAGGCAGCUUUUAAAAGAUCGACGAAUCAAAUAGUAGCUGUGAAACGAAUGCAUCUUCGAAAACAACAACGACGCGAGUUGCUAUUCAAUGAAGUUUCGAUUUUAAGACAAUAUCAACAUCCAAAUAUUGUCAAAUAUUUCUCUUCGCAUCUCGUUGAUGAAGAAUUAUGGGUUGUAAUGGAAUAUAUGGAAGCUGGAAGUUUAACCGAUAUUGUGACAACUACAAGAAUAACUGAAUCGCAAAUCGCAACAAUUGGUCGACAAGUUUUAGCAGCGCUUGAUUUUCUGCAUGCACGACGAGUUAUUCAUCGCGACAUUAAAAGUGAUUCAAUUCUUCUGAAACGUGAUGGAACUGUGAAAUUAUCGGAUUUCGGAUUCUGCGGCCAACUUUGCGACGAAGUUCCAAAACGUAGAUCUCUUGUUGGAACUCCAUAUUGGACAGCUGCUGAAGUUAUUGCUAGAGAACCUUAUGAUACUCGCGCGGAUAUUUGGUCUUUUGGGAUUUUGCUAAUCGAGAUGGUUGAGGGUGAACCUCCGUAUUUUAAUGAUCAACAAUUUCAAGCGAUGAAAAGGAUUCGAGAUGAACCAGCUCCAAGAUUUAAUAGAAAUGCAAAUGUUGGUGGUUUUUUGUUGAGAUUUUGUAAUUUUUUCUUCGAAAAAAAUUUUUUUCAGGUAUCUGCUGAACUCGACGAUCUCCUUUCCCGCUGCGUUGUCAAAGAUCAAAAUCAACGUUGGCCGGCGCGUGAAUUAUUACGCCACACAUUUUUCCAAAAAUGUCAACAUCCCUCAAUUAUUGCUCCAUUAUUGUUACAACUUGGUAAUACAAUUACAUCAAAUAAUGCUCAACAAUGA